ACAUCUCAGCUGGGCUGUUCUUAUUCGACUGUCAAGGUACGGUAGGCAGUCAGUUGUCUACACCGCUGCCUUGAUUUUAAAUGUACUUCUAUGGGUAUGAAUGAUUCUCCUUCAGAAAAUUUCCAUCUCAUCGGAUCUAUAGCCUUAUUCAGCUUAGUGUAUAAACAGAUUGAAUCGAGAAUUUUCCACAUGUUCGGUCUAAUUGUCAUGUGCUUUACCCGUUUCGUUUUGACCUAUUCCGACAGUUUGGGCCUCUUAUCUCGGCGUGUAGAAAAUAGCUGGCUACAGGCGUCCACAGCCUCAAGCCAAUCAUCGCAAUUGCUGGGAUCGGGCAUUUUGCCGAGCUACUGCCCGUCUCUAGUGCUUGAUCGAAUCGGCUGCAAAAAAGCAGCGUUUAAACCUCGUAAACCCCACCCCUUUUUUCUUUCUUCAUGCGCCUUCGUCUGUAACAUCUAUUCUUAAGUAUGGAGACAACGGCCAGCAAGCCUGAGGGCACAGCUCGACGUAUUGAAGGAAACUUAACAGGACCUAAACGGAUAUUGGUCCAAACGAAGACGCACCUUGUACCGGGCGACGGCUAUGAUCAAAGAUGCUUGUUUCUUCUAGAUCUUAUCUGCCAGUACCA